GGAUUCGGGACCGGGGCCCAGAUUAUGCUACCUUCCGGCUUCCGGGACCGGCCCCUGAGGACCCCAUAACUGCUGCCGUUUUCAUUCAAUCCAGCCAUUGAUCGACCCUCUUUGGCAGAUCCAGUCGCCAACAUGACAAAACCAAAGCAUCUCACUGGCGAUAUUGCCGCUAUCAACGAGUUCAUCGACCGCUUUGAUACCUUUCUGCUAGACUGCGACGGCGUAAUAUGGACCGGCGACCAUGUAUUCGAGGGCGUUCCUGAGACGCUGGAAUUGCUGCGGUCCAGAGGCAAGAAGAUUGUGUUCGUGACAAACAACUCGACCAAAUCGCGCCAGGAGUACCUGAAGAAAUUCACCAGCCUGGGGAUCCAGUCAGACGUCGAGGAGAUUUUCGGGUCUGCCUACUCUUCAGCCAUCUACAUCUCCCGGAUCCUCAAGCUGCCGCGGCCCAAAAAUAAGGUCUUCGUCAUCGGCGAAGCCGGCAUCGAGAACGAGCUGCGCAGCGAAAAUGUCCCCUUCAUCGGCGGCACCGACCCGGCGUUCCGGCGGGACAUGACGCCCGAGGACUUCAAGGGCAUUGCGGACGGCACGCUGCUCGACCCCGAGGUCGGCUGCGUGCUCGCCGGACUCGACUUUCACAUCAACUACCUGAAGCUGUCGCACGCGCUGCAGUACCUCCGCCGCGGCGCCGUCUUCCUCGCCACCAACGUCGACUCGACCUUCCCGAUGAACCACAACUUCUUCCCCGGCGCCGGCGCCGUCAGCACGCCGCUCGCCUACGCCACGGGCCAGCAGCCGCUGGCCCUGGGCAAGCCCAGCCAGGCCAUGCUGGACGCCAUCGAGGGCAAGUUCCGGCUGGACCGCGCGCGCACGUGCAUGGUCGGCGACCGGCUGAACACGGACAUCAAGUUCGGCAUCGAGGGCCGCCUGGGCGGCACGCUCGCCGUGCUGACGGGCGUGAACUCGCAGGCCGACUGGGAGGCGCCCGACGCGGUCGCCGUGCCGGCCUUCUACGUCGACAGGCUGAGCGACCUCCGGGCGGCAGCGGCACAGGAAAGUGCGCGUGCGCCGGGUAACUAGCGUGGCCUGGGAGCUCGCAUCGCGGACGCCUGGAGGGACGCGUGUGUGGCGUAGUUGCCCAGUGUCAUCGUACGGGGUACCACGCCUUUGGGGAGCCUUGCGGCGCGCGUUG